AUGAGUUCUAAAAAUGUAAAGAAGGCAGCAAUUAUAGGUGCUAAACAAUUGGAAGAGCAAAUUUCACGAUUAAAUUAUGGAAGCCAGAAAAACCAUUGGAAAAUCAAGACCAGCUUAGCUGCAGAUGGAUCAGUUGAAAAUCGUCUUGAAGUAGAUUAUAAGUUUAAAUCAUUUGCUAAAACCUGGAGUUUUUUGAACCUGGUUGCAUACCAUGCUGAUAAUUCCAAGCAUCAUCCAUCCAUAGAUACAACGUACAACAAAGUGAAAAUUAAGUUAACUACUCAUGAUGCAGGGAACAGAGUAACAUACAAUGAUUUAAAAUUUGCCCAAUUUGUAAAAAAUGAAUUUGAACAAGAAUUUGAAAGGCCCCAGAAUGUGGUGAAGAUGGACAAGCUACUCAAGGAUGCCAGAGGUCAAUUUUCUUUCUCACAGGCAUCUCAAAUUAUUGAUGACUUAGUAGCUUCCAAUAAAUCUACUGAUUCAAAGCCCACGAAAGAAGACUCUUCCAAGAAUAAAUAA